GGAGGCGGUGCUGUGCAGGCAGCAGAAGGCAGCAGCAGGCUGGGCAGGGCGGCUCCACACACCGCAGUGAGUGAGCGCGGCGGCGGCGGAGAAAGACCCGAGCAGAGGAGGGGCAGACACGGACACUGCUCACCGGGACACCGCCUGUGACCAGCGCGGAAACCUACCGGGGCUCCGUGUUUCCAUCCCAUGCGUUUUUCACCAGCAGUGUGAUCACCAUGACGGCUGAAGAAAUCAUAAACGUGAAGGAGGUGGAGAUCAUCAAGGUGAUCCUGGACUUCCUCCACUCCAGGAAGCUGCACAUCAGCAUGCUCGCCCUGGAGAAGGAGAGCGGCGUCAUCAACGGGCUCUACUCAGACGACAUGUUGUUCCUCAGGCAGCUGAUCCUUGAUGGCCAGUGGGAUGAGGUCCUGCAGUUCAUUCAGCCCCUUGAGUGCAUGGAUAAGUUUGACAGAAAACGGUUUCGUUACAUCGUCCUGAAGCAGAAGUUCCUGGAGGCUCUGUGUGUGAAUAAUGCCAUGUCUGCAGAAGAAGAGCCACAGCAUCUGGAGUUCACCAUGCAGGAAGCAGUGAAGUGCCUCCACGCUCUGGAGGAGUUCUGCCCGUCCAAAGACGACUACAGCAAACUGUGUCUGCUGCUAACCCUGCCUCGCCUCACAAACCACGCUGAGUUCAAGGACUGGAAUCCCAGCACAGCCAGGGUGCAGUGUUUCGAGGAGGCGUGCAACAUGGUGGCAGAGUUCAUCCCUGCAGACAGGAAGCUGAGUGAAGCUGGGUUUAAGGCCAGCGGGGAUCGACUCUUUCAGCUGCUCCUCAAAGGAGUCCUGUAUGAAUGCUGUGUGGAGUUCUGUCAGAGCAAGGCGACAGGUGAGGAGAUCACUGAGAGUGAGGUCCUUCUUGGUGUCGACAUGCUGUGCGGUAAUGGCUGCGACGAUCUGGACCUGUCGCUGCUCUCCUGGAUGCAGAACCUCUCCCACAGCGUUUUCACCUGCGCCUUCGAACAAAAGCAGCUCAACAUCCACGUCGACCGCUUGGUCAAGCCGGCUAAGACCGGCUACGCCGACCUCCUCACGCCCCUCAUCAGCAAGCUCUCUCCGUACCCUUCCUCUCCACUUCGCCGACCUCAGUCCGCAGACACCUACAUGUCCCGGUCCCUGAACCCAGCGCUGGACGGGUUGUCCUACGGUUUGUCGGGCCAGGAUAAACGGGCGAGCGGUGGGGAGAUAGUGCCGGGAAAAGGGGUCUCUCCGAUGUCUCACUCGUUUGCAAACUUCCACUAUCCGGGAGCAGGAGGACCCAACCUGAGCAGGAGCCUCAUGAUGGAAAGCUCUGACUGCCACAGCAUCUUUGAGGAGUCGCCAGAAACAUCCAGAACCGACACACCCGUGGACAAGAUGUUGAGCUCAGGUGGAGCUCAGAGCACGCGGCCCGCCUCGGCUCCAGGCGAGGACGCGCCGUCCCCUGGGUCGGCUGACAGGAAUGAGCUACGCGACUCUACUGAGAAGUACGAGGAGUAUUACCGGCAGCGGCUUCGAGUGCAGCAACACCUGGAGCAGAAGCAGCAGCAGAGGCAAAUGUAUCAGCAGAUGCUACUGGAGGGGGGGGUCCAGCAGGACCCCCCGCCCAGCGACAUGCAGCACAGCCUCACAGAGAAGUUCCUGAACAGGUCCAUCCAGAAGCUGGAGGAGCUCAACGUGGGGAUGGAGAACCUGGGGGACGAGGUGAAGUCUCUUUCCCAGCAGUGCAACGGCAACGGGAACACGCCCGCCUCCGAGGACAACAACAACCCUCCGUCCGUGACCCCGGAGCAGAACCGGGGCCGGGGGGGAGGGGUGGUGAGCAGCACCCCGCAGCGCGGCGAGGGCGGCCGUGCCGUCCCACCUCCAAACGAGUCCCCCGUGGUCUCGAGCGGGCAGAAACCCAAAGGUCCUCAGGGCGACUCUCCUGGCUCCUUAACCCGAAGCAAAGAGGGUGAUAAAGCCAAAAGCCUGUUUGUACCAGUACACACCCUGGAGGACACUCAGGCGGUUCGAGCUGUCGCCUUUCACCCGUCUGGUGCUCUGUACGCCGUGGGAUCCAACUCCAAAACGCUGCGGGUGUGCGCCUACCCGGAAAACCUCAACCCGGGUGGUUCAAGUCCAAUAAAACAGCCGGCGGUUCGCUUCAAGAGGAACAAGCACCACAAAGGCUCCAUCUACUGCGUGGCCUGGAGUCACUGCGGGCAGCUGCUGGCUACGGGCUCCAACGACAAAUACGUCAAGGUCCUGCCCUUCAGCGCCGAGACGUGCAAUGCCACAGGACCGGACCUGGAGUUCAGCAUGCACGACGGCACCAUCAGAGACCUGGCCUUCAUGGAGGGCCCGGAGAGCGGGGGGGCCAUCCUGAUCAGCGCCGGAGCAGGAGACUGCAACAUCUACACCACGGACUGCCAGAGAGGACAAGGGCUGCACGCGCUCAGCGGACACACAGGUCACAUCCUGUCUCUGUACACUUGGGGAGGCUGGAUGAUCGCUUCGGGUUCCCAGGAUAAGACGGUGCGGUUCUGGGAUCUCAGGGUGCCCAGCUGCGUGCGAGUGGUGGGAACUGCUUUCCAUGGCUCAGGCAGUCCCGUCGCCUCUGUGGCGGUCGAUCCGAGUGGCCGUCUCCUAGCAACGGGACAGGAAGACAGCGCGUGCAUGCUGUACGACAUCAGAGGAGGACGGAUCGUCCAGGUGUACCGGCCGCACGCGAGCGACGUCCGGUCCGUCCGCUUCUCCCCCGGAGCGCACUACCUGCUCACCGGCUCCUACGACACCAAGGUGAUGGUCAGCAACCUCCAAGGCGACCUGACCAAACCGCUGCCCCAGACGGUGGUGGGCGAGCACGGCGACAAGGUGAUCCAGUGUCGAUGGCACACUCAGGACCUGUCCUUCCUCUCAUCAUCCGCCGACCGCACCGUCACUCUGUGGACGCACAACCCUUGAUAUGAACAAGAUGUAAACGAUGCGCACUAAAACCACAAAGCAACGCUUCUCUCCCUGUAGGAAUAGUCGUAUCCCUUCAGCUGAAUGAAUCCCUUCCCCUUCAUCUUGUAAACCAAACGGGUAAAAGAUGCGGGGGCCCAUCACAAGCACAUGCUGCAUGUUCCUUGGUUAUUAUAACACAGGGUUAUUUAUUGUUUUCCUUUCUUUCCUGAACUACAAGUCCUCCUCUGUUUUUCACUGCUUGCAUAUAAAAGCUCCUUCUCACCGUGCCGUCGUUUGGGUUUAACGACAUACGAGUUGCUUUUCUCCAUGAUGGUGCCUUCUCAGUCUCCAUAACAAAAAAAAAUAAAUUAAAUGCUACGGUUAAAGAAACAUUUUAAAGUAUUUGUACAUUCCCUGUCCUGCAUAUCGUUUCCUAACAGCAUUGCUGCUCUUGAGGUAGAGAAAAGCAGACGUGAUAUUUCAGUACCAGUCCCCCUUCUAUCUGAUUCUGCAGAAAUCUGUCGAUACACUGGGCUGCUGCGCCCCGACAGGAUGUCUAACAUCGCUGCAUACGGUGCAUCUCUGCAGCAGUGUGUGUGUAAAUUAGUGGGCGGGUCAGGUUUUAAUUUGGAUCGUGUUUUUUUUUUUUUAAGCUAACGCUUUAGCUAAAGCCCAGCUGUGGCUUGCUUGCAAUGAAGGACCUUUAAUAUUUUCAGCAUCAAGGAGAUGUACAGUAUUCAGAUGUCAGGUUUGCACAUCCUUGCAUUCAUCAUUUAGUGGUUUGUCUGCUGCUGCUGCUGUUGUUGUAGUGUGGUAACAGUAGGUGGCGCUCUUGGUCUAGCCGUAUGCACAGUGACAUCUGGAUGGAAGCGCGGGUGUUUCAAUAUUUAUUUGGAAACUUUACUUGGGGGCAUAUGCAUUGUUUUUUUUUUUUUUUUAUAUAUAUUUUCAUUAACGCUGUCUUUUAGCGGUCAAGAGUUGUAUUUAAGUUUUUAAUGUUAUUAUAUAGAGUAUAUUGUUUUCAGAGAUGAGGCCAAACUAACACAUACAUAGAUGUAUUUAUUUCAGUGUUUUAUGUAUGUAUGUAUGUAUGUAUGUACAGGUAUUUGUUUUUGAAAUGCUAGUGGCUCUUGAAUUAAGCCUUUCUAAUCCUUGUUUUUAAAAAGUAACUUAAACUAAAGCUUGACGAGGUCAGAUCGCCGGUACAUUCAAUAAAGUGUCUUUUUACACAAA